AACACACAGCAAACACAGAAAUGAUACCGCGGGAUUCCCCUCUGACAGCGAGCAUCCUGCCUUCGUAAACAUCCACGCUUCUCGGUCUCGAAAGAGAGAACAGAGCCUCGUUCGUGGUUUAUUCGUGGCUCCGGCUGAAAGGCGCAGAUCCUGUUUUUCUUGCACCUGCUCUGGGUGCGUUUUUCUUUCAGCUCUCGCUCGGGCCUGACAUUUAUAAGGAAAUCAGCCCUGACUUCAGGGCCUGCUGCACACCAGCCUCUGUCAUCGGGCUUAAAGACAAACAUCGAGUCCCGGAGGCUUUGUCGCUGUUUCGGCUGAUUUGCUGCGUCCUGAGGAUCGAUCCAGCCAGACUCGUCGGUGCCAUGGAGCCCACAUCAGCCUGGUCCUGAACAGUGUGAGAGCAGCAACCAUUCUGGCCUAAAGUCCACUCCAGUCCUGUUCCAACGCUCACACAACAACAGACAGACCCACAGACCGGCAGAGCGACAGACAGGCAAAGCGAAAGUCAUGGAAGCGAUAUGGCUCUAUCAGUUCCGGCUGAUCGUCAUCGGGGACUCCACGGUGGGCAAGUCGUGUCUGAUCCGGCGGUUCACGGAGGGUCGCUUCGCCCAGGUGUCGGACCCCACCGUCGGCGUGGACUUCUUCUCCCGGCUGGUGGAGAUCGAACCGGGGAAGCGGAUCAAGCUGCAGAUCUGGGACACCGCGGGUCAGGAGCGGUUCAGGUCCAUCACCAGGGCCUACUACCGUAACUCUGUUGGCGGGCUCCUCCUGUUCGACAUCACCAAUCGCCGCUCCUUCCAGAACGUCCACGAUUGGCUUGAGGAGGCCCGAAGCCACGUCCAGCCGCACAGCAUCGUCUUCCUAUUGGUCGGCCACAAGUGUGACCUGGAGGCACAGCGCCAGGUGACCCGCCAGGAGGCAGAGAAGCUGGCGGGGGCGUAUGGGAUGCGCUACAUCGAGACGUCGGCCCGUGAUGCCAUCAAUGUGGAGCACGCCUUCACCGAGCUGACCAGAGACAUCUUCGCCUUAGUGCGGUCCGGGGACAUCACAAUCCAGGAGGGCUGGGAGGGCGUGAAGAGCGGCUUUGUCCCCAACGUGGUUCACUCUUCCGAGGAAGUGACCAAGAGUGACCGCCGCUGUCUCUGUUGAUCUGGAACGAGUCUUGAAUGAUGGGACUGAAGGUGAAAAGGGGAGGGAAGGAUUCAGAGGGGAGCGGCUGACGGACUGAGGUGUCGGCCCUCUGACUGAAACUGUUGGCAACCUUCUACUGUUCUUUCUACAGACUGAAUAAAGAAGGGGAUGUUUGAGGAAUUUCAAUGAAAAGCCUGGUAGGCGACGGCAAAGAACACCUUAAACAUUGGUGGAUAGCUGAAGGAUUGUGGCCAUUUCUAAAUACGUUUUAUCUGUUGGAGAGGAAGGAUCACAGAUGCUCAUUUACUUGCGAGGGCUCCCAUGAUUCAAUUCCUUUAGUUUUGCUAUGGGGCUCUCGCCUGAAUAUUUCCCCCUGAACGUCUUAGAAAGGCCUUAGAAAGAGGAUCCAUUUUGGUGUUUUGCCAAAAUGAGAUGACACGCUUGACCUGUCAUCUUUCUCUCAUUUCCUCUUCCUUCACCUCUCCUCCCCACUACUUCUUAACUUUCUACUCUCCUCCAAUAUGCAAUUACAUGAUCACAUACAAAACGAUCACUUUUACGUUGGUACCCAACAUCCUCUUAGUACAUAUCACUCAGAAAAAUUUAGUCAGCACCCUUCGAUUAAACAUGCCUUGUUAACAAGAAUUGUGUUUCCCUUAUGCUGACAUUUUGCUCCACAUUCCACUAUCAGAACUCAAUGGAGGAGCCCUGGAGGUCCUAAAUUAAACAGGGGAAAACAGAUUUCCUUCCUGGAGCCUUUAUUUUGUUGCUAGAGACCAUUAUUUCUCUGUGGAACAAUUUAGGCCUCCAGUGAGCUCAAUGACAUUGACAACGUGAUUAUAUCUACUAUCAUUCUGCUAAAUACCGCACUAAAACAAAACACUGUCACCCAUCCAGUUCCUAGUGGACUGCUUAAGCAGGAAGAGAUAACGUGUACAGCUUAACUGACGGAGGUGGACUUGUUGGACUAGCUUCACAACUCCUGUCUGCCUUUAACUGGGGUCCAGUUAAGGUGGACUAAUUGGAAUGCUGGAGCCAGAGAGCACCUUUAUGGCCAAGUCCACCUUAACUGUGGAGUAUCACCACAAGCAAACUGGAGACCAUGUAUUUCUCAAAGGCAAGGCUAACAGACCAUGCAGAGGGAAACCUGAUGAACCACGUUACCCACAAUGCAUGCAUACGGACAGGACUGUACCACAACACAGUCAAGGAAAGAAGGUUCAAGUGGCAGGCAUUAAAUCAACCCGACACAGAUACAGGCACAGGAACACUACAAGGUUAACCUUUGUUCUCAGAGAGUGGUUUACAUACCUUUUUUUAUCUGUGUGUGCAAGUGUAACAUCACAUCAAACUUUUAUUUUCGGUUUAACACGUUCCAGUGUUACAGGUGGAUUUAAACGCCAUGUGGCAUCACUAACUGGCUGUAGCAAAUGUCUCCAUUCAAACUGGUUUAAAUUUGGUUUUAAAGUUUUUUUUUAUUCUCUCCAUUAAUAGUCCAGUUAAUCCUAAUUUUCACCUAGAUGCCAAAAUCAGUGCUUACUGCCUGAUGUAGUUCAGUGUGAGUUUAUCUUUUAAAGGAAUAGUUUAACAUUUUGGGACAUUUGCUUAUUCGGUUUCUGGUGGAGAGUUAAGUGAGAAGAUCAACACCACUCUCAUGUCUGUACACUACAUAUGAAGCUACCUCCAGCAGCUGGUUGGCUCGGCUGAGCACAAAGCCUGGAGACAGAGGAAAACAGCAAGCCGAGCUCUCUGAGCCGUCACAGGGCAAACAGCUGAGAGUCCAGGGAUUAACUGUGCCCAGCCAAGAAAUAGUUUGGCACAUAACCUGUACUAAAAUGGUGAACUGCCAUUUUUGCACCAAUUCAACAAACAAGACAUGUUAGUCUGGGAGCUUUAGAGUAGCUGGACUGACCUUUGGUUUGUGACCUCUGAGCCAGACUUGCUGUUUCCCCCUGCUUCCAGUCUUUUCACUAAGUAAUGCUAACCAGCUGCUCCUCUCAUCUGGGCGCAUAAAUGAGUUCACUUCCUGCUCCUAUUAAGGUGUGCAUUUAUUUUAUUGUUACAUUAACUUUAUUAUUUCAGACCAGUGACUGGUGUAAAUGCCAGAGAGAAGAAAGAAUCAGUUAGUGAAUCGUACUGUUCUCAUACCGUACUGACUGGGAAGGAUGAAAGAAGAAAAACGUCUACAAAGGUCAAUCAAAGUCAGCAGGUGAUUCAUCUGCUACUAAUCUAGUACAUAUUCUUAUGAAAUCAACACUGGACCAAAUACAUUAAUCUGUUUACCCUGACCUCUAAGCACUGAGAAGGAACAGAAAGACACUUCCAGCUAAAUGUACCUUAAAUUACCUGCCAUGGUUACCUGGAUGGCUUGGUGUGCAUCUUGAUAUCUAUUGUUUUGCAGAGUCCCCACCUGAACUGUUUUCCCCUCCCUCUCUCGAUAUGAAGAAAUUCAACUGUCUGAUUGAGAUACUGUUGUAGAUGUAGGAAAAAUAUUAUGGUUUGAUUUAGAUCUUUUUUUUAAAAACUAUGUUGACUGACUAUUAAUCUGAUCUGAAGUCCCACAUAACUCGCCCAUGUAUAUUCCUGCUACGAUCACAACACGGAUUAUUUAUUUUUAAAAUGUAUUUAUCCAGUAGUCAUUACAGUCCUCUGUAGGGCAGUGAGGAUGCUGUAAGUGCUUCAUUUGCUCACACUGUGUGCUGUCUUUAUACAUGUUUCCAAAGA